GCUUCUCCCCGUUCGCCGUUCCCUUCUCUCUCUGCCCCCGUCUCUCUCCGUGGGUGUGCGUGGUUUCUCGGCAUCUAUAUAUAAGAACUCCACUGGUUCUUCUCACCCCUGGCUCCCUCCCCUCCCUCGCUCUCUCCCCUUCUCCCUCGAGGUCGAGGAAUUUAAUCCGGUCUCCGUCCCGGCCUGGUUCAUUGGAGGGGAGCCCGAACAGGGGAAGGCGGGCUGCACAAACAAGGAAGGAGAGCAGGAGAAGGCGAUCGAUCCAACGGAUUCUUAGAUUAAAAUCGUCUCGCUCUUCGUUCUAUUUUGUUUGAUAUUGAUCGACCUUCGAUUGCCGCCUCCAGUGAUUGAGGCGCCAUGGAAGGAAGUCUCAGGUGAUCAUCUCUAAUCAAUUAGCAUGGAUGAACACAUGGGACGACGGACGGUCGGCGGCCUCCUCUUCACCAAGGGGGGAUCCAUCCUUCUCUUCAGGGAGGACAGCUCCCGCCGCAAGGCCGGCGCUUGCUGCUCGCGCAAUGGCUGCAACGGCACCCGGCAUUCGGCAGACAAAGGCCGGCCAAUGCACAGCCACAGGGAAGCAGCUUCAGCAGCAGCCAAGGAAGCAGCACCAACCCCCCGGAGGUCACAACCUGUCAGGAAACCUCCACAGGGAAGCAGCAAUCCAGCAGGGCCCUGUAGCGAAACCGACAACGGGACGGGAGAGGCGGCGGCUCCCGGUGCCGGGCGUGACCUGCUGGCGCGCCUCAAGGACAGGGUGAACGCGUCGAGGAAGCGGUCGCUGGCCAGGGAGAUGAGCAGCCCAUCGUCAUCGUCCGGUGGAUUCAGUGCCAGUUCUUCUGGUGGUGGCGCCACCCGGUCAUCAGCGGUUUCGAGGCCGACGCGUCGUGCCGCUUCCAGGAUAAGGAAGGCAGAUGAAGGCGAAAGCGCAGGAGGUAGUCGCAGGGUGCCUAGGAGGGACACCGGUGGUGGCGGUGGUGCCAGGGGGAAUUCGGAUGACCCGGUGAUGGUUGGGCAGCGGGCAGCAAGGGAGCAGGCGCCUACCGAAGGGUUCAUCUCUGGGUUCUUGGCGAGGUACAGGGGUAGUCUCCAGGGAGGGUCGUCUCUGCAGGAUGGCGCCGAGGACUCCAGCGGGUACUGGCGCUUUGACGUCGAGGGCAGCGAAGAGCUGGAGAACUACUUCAUGCUCAGCGAUCGGCACCGAGCGAUGAGGAUGGACAUCGAUGGCAUGUCCUACGAGGAAUUGCUCGCGUUGGGUGACCGGAUCGGCACGGUGAACACCGGGCUUUCGGAGGACGCGUUGUACAAGUGCCUGAAACGAAGCCUGUACACGCCCACAGCCCCAGAGACACACCAAGACUGCGACAGAAAAUGCAGCAUAUGCCAGGAGGAGUACUCAGGCGGUGAGGAGGUGGGGAACAUGGCGUGUAAGCACUACUACCACAUCGCCUGCAUACAGCACUGGCUCCGGCAGAAGAACUGGUGCCCCAUCUGCAAAUCCGUCGCCGCCAAGACCGUCUAGCACUAGCAGCCCCUGCUUGUUUAGUGUAAACAGAUUCUCCUGAAAUGUCUAGACACAAGAUUUGUAUUCUUUUUUCCAUUCUCUAGAAUGAAACAUUUGUUUGUGCCUUCAAAACUUCUUGUCUUCCUUCAGUUCACAAGGUACAGUGGACAAAGAAAAAGGGAACAGGAAAUAAACUCUUGAUUAGAUGGUGGGAAAUUUCACUUGCUCA